UAUAAAAUAGAAUUUUAAAAAAUAAUUUUAAAAAAAUCUUGCUAUAUAAAGUGUCAAGGGUGUGACCGUGUGAGUGUAUUCCUGCGUCAGAACGCUCACAAUCAAUUUCGAUUCCAUCACAAAACAAAGACCAGGCGUCCACCACACCAAAAUGGAGGGAGAGAAGUUGAAGGCCAUGGAUGCAGAGCAAUUGAGAGAAUAUGGUCAUCAAAUGGUGGAUUUUGUAGCUGAUUACUACAAGACCAUUGAGAACUUUCCCGUUCUUAGCCAAGUUCAGCCAGGGUAUCUUCGUGAGCUUGUACCGGACUCUCCACCUGUUCAUCCGGAAUCUUUACAAGAUGUUCUCAAUGAUAUAAAAUCAAAGAUUUUUCAAGGGGUAACACAUUGGCAAAGCCCUGCCUAUUUCGCGUACUUCCCUUCUAACAGCAGUAUCGCCGGAUUCCUGGGGGAAAUGCUUAGUGCUGGUGUCAACAUUGUUGGCUUUAGCUGGGUUACCUGUCCUGCAGCAACAGAACUCGAAGUGAUUGUUCUAGAUUGGCUUGCUAAAUUGCUUAAACUACCUGAUGCCUUCCUUUCUACAGGAAAAGGCGGUGGUGUCAUACAGGGAACUGCCAGUGAAGCAGUUCUGGUUGCACUAGUGGCUGCGCGUGAUCGGAUGUUAAAAAAAGUAGGAAAAGAUUCUUUGGGGAAACUAGUUGUUUAUACUGCUGAUCAAACUCAUGCUUCUGUACAGAAAGGCUGUCAGAUUGCAGGAAUAUAUCCUGAGAACAUCAGAAUUUUGAAGACGGAUUCAUCAAGUGAAUAUGCUCUAUCUCCUGAAGUACUUUCUGAAGCGGUAUCACAUGAUGUUGCUUCUGGUCUCAUACCUCUUUUCUUAUGUGCUACCAUUGGGACAACCUCGUCAACUGCAGUUGAUCCAUUGCUUGCUCUAGGAAAGAUUGCUAAGAGUAAUGGAAUUUGGUUUCAUAUUGAUGGUGCCUAUGCUGGAAGUGCUUGUAUAUGUCCUGAAUUUCGCCACUAUCUUGAUGGUGUUGAAGAAGCUGACUCAUUUUGCAUGAAUGCGCAUAAAUGGCUCCUUACAAAUUUUGAUUGCUCAGCUCUUUGGGUUAGGGACAGAAGCGCUCUGAUUGAAUCCUUGUCCACGUAUCCAGAGUAUUUGAGAAACAAAGCUUCAGAAGCAAAUACAGUUGUGGAUUACAAAGAUUGGCAAAUUCCUCUUGGUCGUCGAUUCAGAUCCUUAAAACUUUGGAUGGUAUUACGGUUAUAUGGACAAGAGGGUCUGCAAUCAUAUAUUAGAAAUCAUAUAGCAUUGGCAAAACGGUUUGAAGAGCUUGUUCGUCAAGACUUGAGAUUUGAGGUGAUUACUCCUAGGAAGUUUGCAUUACUGUGUUUCCGGUUGCUGCAUCCUGCCAAAGACGAAAACCAGUGUGAUAAGCUCAAUCGUGAGCUCUUGGAAGCCGUCAACUCUACUGGAAAGAUGUUCAUUUCUCACACAGUCCUAUCAGGCAAGUAUGUAUUACGUCUGGCUGUGGGAGCUCCACUUACGGAAGAGAGGCAUAUCGAUGUAGCAUGGGAGGUCUUGCAAGAAAAGGCCACCGCCUUGUUGAAGCCAUAUAAAAAUGGCAUUCAAAUUUACUCAAAUGGUUCUGUCUAGCGCGAGUUCUAUGUUGGACUAGAGGCAACAUAUGCGCCAUGGGAGUUUGUUUUACCGAUCCUACUCGAAGCCUUUCAAGUUGUACCUGAAUUAUCAGAUUUGAUCGACAAUCCCAGGAUGAUAGACCGCAUAGUGUACCCAAAUUUUUAAAGAUUGAUGGUUACCACUAUAGCUCUUUAGGAUAACUAAUUGUAUCCCUAUUAGACUGAUGCUUUUCAAGUUGUAUAACUUUUUUUUUUCCUGCAGCAAAAACAUCAACCCCAAAAUGCUAGCACACACUCAAGCAAGCCCAUUUAAAGGGCUCAAUCC